AUGACCAUCAACGCCGAAAAACAGCUGGUGUUCAUCCGGCGCAUCUUGUAUACCCAUGAAUUGGCAGUCCGUCGAGGUGGGAAGUCAUCAACCCUGAAAGUCAAUCUGACUGAUUGGCACAAUGAGCUCGAUCGCAUGUCCGUCCUGGCGCACAUUCUCAACAAGAUGUUUGAGGCAAGGGACGAGGACGGUGAAGUCUUAUUCCCCAUGGCGAUGAUGCACACAGUUGCGGAACGGGCUAUUGAAGGGGAUUAUCACGAUGAAGCGGAUUCCUUGCUUGGCUGCAUGGAUCCAUUGUUCAAGGUGGAAGCCACAGCGAUCUACAAUGAGUUUUUGCCUGACCGUCCAAGCAAGAACAUCGCCCAAGUUGAAUCCGCAGACACGAAGCUGGACUCUCUUGCACUUGAUGCAAAACGAGCUCAGUACGAAUCUGACCAGCUCUCCCUCGCAAGGGACAUUGCACAAAUCGGCAAUUUGAUCCGUGCGCUUUCCAAAUCAGACCAUGCACGGAGAACAGAAAGGAUUCUUCACAUCCGGAACCAGAAUGUGAUCGGCGCCAGCCUAGUAUCCACCUGGAUGGCAUCGAGCUGCUCAGUGAUGUCUGGCUCUGUGAAAGAUCAAGCUGCAGCCAUUGAAAGGGCCAGGAUGCUGGUUUGGUGCGAUUUCAUGAAGAUGGGCAGAUUGUCAAAGACUGACAUCCAAGACACAACGGAAUUGAUUCAGCUCGCUUUGAAGAAGCGACCUGCAUCAUCAGUUGCGUUUGUGAUCAGCCCUUUUUUGACGUCCGAGAAGGUAACGUCAGGUCAUCGUGGGGAGAGCCUGUCUGAUGUUCAAGAAGCAGCGCAAAUCCUUGGAGGAGAGCAAUUUCCACGGGUGCUGAUUUCGACUCUGUUGGACAAGUCUGACAUCAAGAAUGACGAGACCCUGCUAUGCAUCAAUCUGACUCCAUACGACGCAUGGUUGGAGAAGACACUCUCCAAAUGGAGCACCUAUGGCCUCACUCACAAGUUCAAGUCAGUCAGUCUUACAAAGCCUUACGAGGCCACCCCACCUACGCCUUCAUGUGAUGUGAGCUGUGACCCGACCAAAUUCCCACUCAAGCUGGUCCAAGUGGACUACGAGUACGACACAGCGAUGAACACUUGGAAGAACCUACGCUUCAGACUGUUCGGGAACCAGACCAUGGACGACGCAGAGCAUAUGAAAGCCUUGGUCGUUGGGGAGUCCGAAGAACCCGAGACCCCGAUUGCCCCGAUGGAGCCUUGGAAGGGAGAGCCUGCAACCAUCGAUGCUUUGCUCGACACCCAUAUUUUGGAAAACAAAGUCGCCGGCAGCAACAGUCCAGGCGAAAAACCAGACUCAGAGCUACCUGAGGGCACGCCAACUCCCAAAGAGCAACCUGAGACUCGACCAGAGCAAGAUGAGACUACAGUGAUGCAUGCUCCAAAAGCUCCAAAGGUGCCGAUGCAGGUGAUGAACAGAGAUGUGGAGAAUGAUCCUGAGAUGUCGCAAAAGAGGGUCCAAGCGCUGAAGGACGAGAUUGCUGCACUGAAGAAGCAAGUCAAGACACAAAAGAAGACAGAAAAGCAGGAGGAGCCUAAAGCCUCAGGGAAGGCCAAAGCGAAGGCUUCAGGGAAGCCUACAGCAAAGGCCAAAGCUUCAGGGAAGGCUACAGCAAAAGCAAAGUCCAAAGCUUCAAGCAAAGGGAGGAAGUUGACAAAGGAGGAGGAGGAAAACCCCCUAGACCCAGAGGAACCUUCAAGCUCCGACCCCUCACUGACAGAUGAGGAUCCACAGAAGGAGGCCACUGCUGAACAUGGAGAACUUCCCAAGCAGGAGCCGCAGGCGGCAAAGGGGGAACCACGUGAGACUCAGAAGAAAGAAAAGAAGCCAAAGCGUGCUGCACCUGAGGUGCCUGGGAAAAAGGAGACCAAAGAAAAGCAGAACAAGUUUCAGCUUUCUGCGGAAGAAAGGAAGGCGGCCAUGAUGGCAUUCACGAGGACUGGGACAGAGACGAAGGAGCCAGAGACGAAGGGAAGGAAGAGGGCGCUUCUGAAGGAAGACGCUGACAAGGAGGAGGUCGAAAAUGAGAAUCAGAAGCGUGCGGGUGGGAAGAAGACGAAGGCUGUGGAGCAGGGUCCGAGUGACCAAGAGAAGAAUGCAGGUCAGGAGACCAAGCCAAGUCUGGCGCUCCUGGCCUUGUUGGCCUUCGCGCGACCUUUUGGAACCACAUCCAUGAGGUGGGGUCAGCAUCCUGAACGAGUGGCCAGCAUGAAGAACCUUUCCCCUUCGGAGCUGAGCAGGCGACGUCUCCGAAAGAAGGCACAGCCCGCCAUCGAGGAACCCAAUGGUGAGGACCUUGGUGCGCUGGAGGAUCCUCCUGAGGAGGAACCUGCUGAGGAGGAACCUCCUGUUCCUGAGGAUCUGGAUGAUCCCGAGGAUCUGGAUGAUCCCGAGGAUCUGGAUGAUCCUAAUCCCGAGGAUAUUCCUAAUCCAGAGGAUAUGGAGGAUAUUCCUAAUCCAGAGGAUAUGGAUGAAGCCGGUGAAUCUGAGCUGGAAGAGGGUGAACUGGAACGGAUCAUUGCAGCUGAGUGGAAAAGUUCUUCUGAGCACGUCGUGCUUGAAGUUCCGAAUGAACAAAACCCAAAGGCUUGCCGUGACAGCGAGCGGUGCACUUGGGCCACGUUGCUUAGAGAGAUGGGUGAAGCUGGGGUGACAGACCCAACGGUGAACUCUCAUGAGCUAUCCACCCCAAUCACGACAGAAGGAGUCCAAUCCUACAUCAUCAAGCCGAAGGCCGUCCAGAACUACUUCCAAUACUCAGUUCCUUCUGGCAGUGGUGUGAAGUAUUCGACUUUGGCCAGUUACUUCACAAUAGCUGAGCUUGAAGCCAGCCGUCAGCUGGAUCGAGUUUGGAGGGUGGCAUACAUACAGCAGAUCAACGAGAUCAGCCCUAGACACUGA